AUGCAUGAUUCGAAAUUACUUUUAACUGUUAGUGUUUGCGUUUUGGCCUUUGGAUUAAUUAAUUGUGCCGAUCCAAGUGCAGAAUAUUUACCACCUGCACAAGAAGUAACUGCUGUAUUAAGUGAUGAUGGAUAUCGUUAUAAAGCUGUAAAACGUUUAAAAUUCCGUCACCGUCGUGAUGUUUCAGAAUUAAACAGUGAAUAUUUACCACCAGCACAAGAACAAGAAGUUUCAGUUGAACAAGAUAUUGCACAAGCUCCAGUUGCUGCACCUGAACCAGCACAUGAAUUAGCAAGUGAUGGUUAUCGUUACAAAACUGUUAAACGUUACAGAUAUCGUAUUCGUCGUGAUGUUUCAGAAUUAAACAAUGAAUAUUUACCACCAAAUCAAGAACAAGUUGCCGAAGUUGUACAAGAAGCAGCACCAGCACCAGAAGUAGAACCAGCCCAUGAAUUAGCUGCUGAUGGAUAUCGUUACAAAACAGUAAAACGUUACAGAUUCCGUCAUCGUCGUGAUGUUUCAGAAUUAAACAAUGAAUAUUUACCACCAAAUCAAGAAGUAAGCCAAGAAUAUAUCCCACCAGCACAAGAAGCUGCUCCAGCACCUAUUGCAGCUCCAGAACCAGCCCCAGCUCAUGAAUUAGCUGCUGAUGGAUACCGCUACAAAGCAGUUAAACGUUACAGAUUCCGUCAUCGUCGUGAUGUUUCAGAAUUAAACAAUGAAUAUUUACCACCAAAUCAAGAACAAGUUGCCGAAGUUGUACAAGAAGCAGCACCAGCUCCAGAAGUUGAGCCUGCCCAUGAACUAGCCGCUGAUGGAUACCGUUACAAAACAGUAAAACGUUACAGAUUCCGCCAUCGUCGUGAUGUUUCAGAAUUAAACAAUGAAUAUUUACCACCAAAUCAAGAAGUAAGCCAAGAAUAUAUUCCACCAGUACAAGAAGCUGCUCCAGCACCUAUUGCAGCUCCAGAACCAGCUCCAGCUCAUGAAUUGGCCAGCGAUGGAUACCGUUACAAAGCAGUUAAACGUUACAGAUUCCGUCAUCGUCGUGAUGUCUCAGAAUUAAACAAUGAAUAUUUACCACCAAAUCAAGAACAAGUUGCCGAAGUUGUACAAGAAGCAGCACCAGCACCAGAAGUUGAACCAGCCCAUGAAUUAGCUGCUGAUGGAUAUCGUUACAAAACAGUAAAACGUUACAGAUUCCGUCACCGUCGUGAUGUUUCAGAAUUAAACAAUGAAUAUUUACCACCAAAUCAAGAAGUAAGCCAAGAAUAUAUUCCACCAGCACAAGAAGCUGCUCCAGCACCUAUUGCAGCUCCAGAACCAGCUCCAGCUCAUGAAUUGGCCAGCGAUGGAUACCGCUACAAAGCAGUUAAACGUUACAGAUUCCGUCAUCGUCGUGAUGUUUCAGAAUUAAACAAUGAAUAUUUACCACCAAAUCAAGAACAAGUUGCCGAAGUGGUACAAGAAGCAGCACCAGCACCAGAAGUUGAACCCGCCCAUGAAUUAGCUGCUGAUGGAUAUCGUUACAAAACAGUAAAACGUUACAGAUUCCGUCAUCGUCGUGAUGUUUCAGAAUUAAACAAUGAAUAUUUACCACCAAAUCAAGAAGUAAGCCAAGAAUAUAUCCCACCAGCACAAGAAGCUGCUCCAGCACCUAUUGCAGCUCCAGAACCAGCCCCAGCUCAUGAAUUAGCUGCUGAUGGAUACCGUUACAAAGCAGUAAAACGUUAUAGAUUCCGUCAUCGUCGUGAUGUUUCAGAAUUAAGCAACGAAUAUUUACCACCAAAUCAAGAAGUCAGCCAGGAAUACUUACCGCCAGCCCAAGAAGCUGCCCCAGCUCCAGUUGCUGCUCCAGAACCAGCACCUGCACAUGAAUUAGGAAGUGACGGUUACCGCUACAAAUCUUUAAGACGUCGACUAUUGGUGGCACUCAGCCUUUGCGCUUUAGCCUUCGGUUUUAUUAGCUGCGGCGAGCCCAGCGGAGAAUAUCUACCUCCCAAUCAAGAAGUUAGCCAAGAAUAUUUACCACCAGCACAAGAAGCUGGUCCGGUUCCAGAACCAGCCCAUGAAUUAGCUAAUGAUGGAUACCGUUACAAAGCAGUUAAACGUUACAGAUUCCGUCAUCGUCGUGAUGUCUCAGAAUUAAACAACGAAUAUUUGCCACCAAACCAAGAAGUAAGCCAAGAAUACUUACCCCCAGUACAAGGAGCUGCUCCAGAAGCUGCCCCAGCUCAUGAAUUAGCCAGCGACGGAUACCGUUACAAAGCAGUUAAACGUUACAGAUUCCGUCAUCGUCGUGAUGUUUCAGAAUUAAACAAUGAAUAUUUACCACCAAACCAAGAACCAGUUGCUCAAGUUGUUCAAGAAGCAGCACCAGCUGUUGAAGUAGAACCAGCUCAUGAAUUAGCUGCUGAUGGAUACCGUUACAAAACAGUUAAACGUUACAGAUUCCGUCAUCGUCGUGAUGUUUCAGAAUUAAACAAUGAAUAUUUACCUCCAACCCAAGAAGUAAGCCAAGAAUACUUACCACCUGUACAAGGUGCAGCUCCAGAAGCUGCCCCAGCUCAUGAAUUAGCUAGUGAUGGAUACCGUUACAAAGCUGUAAAACGUUACAGAUUCCGUCAUCGUCGUGAUGUUUCAGAAUUGAAUAACGAAUAUUUACCACCAAAUCAAGAACCAGUCGCUCCAGUUGUUCAAGAAGCUGCACCAGAAGCAGAACCAGCUCAUGAAUUAGCUGCUGAUGGAUACCGUUACAAAACAGUUAAACGUUACAGAUUCCGUCAUCGUCGUGAUGUUUCAGAAUUAAACAAUGAAUAUUUACCUCCAACCCAAGAAGUAAGCCAAGAAUACUUACCCCCUGUACAAGGACCAGCUCCAGAAGCUGCCCCAGCUCAUGAAUUAGCCAGCGAUGGAUACCGUUACAAAGCAGUUAAACGUUACAGAUUCCGUCAUCGUCGUGAUGUUUCAGAAUUAAACAAUGAAUAUUUACCUCCUACCCAAGAAGUAAGCCAAGAAUACUUACCCCCUGUACAAGGUCCAGCUCCAGAAGCUGCCCCAGCUCAUGAAUUGGCCAGCGAUGGAUACCGUUACAAAGCAGUUAAACGUUACAGAUUCCGUCAUCGUCGUGAUGUUUCAGAAUUAAACAAUGAAUAUUUACCACCAAAUCAAGAACCAGUCGCUCAAGUUGUUCAAGAAGCUGCACCAGCUCCAGAAGUAGAACCAGCUCAUGAAUUAGCUGCUGAUGGAUACCGUUACAAAACAGUAAAACGUUACAGAUUCCGUCAUCGUCGUGAUGUUUCAGAAUUAAAUAAUGAAUAUUUACCACCAAACCAAGAAGUAAGCCAAGAAUACUUACCUCCAGCACAAGAGGCCGUUUCAGAACCAGAACCAGCACACAGUUUAGGAAAUGAUGGUUACAGAUAUAGAUCAAUUAGACGUAAAGUUUUUAGACGGAGAUAUUAG